GCGAAAAAGGAGGGGAUAAAAAAGGAAAAAUGCAAAAUAAUUUUACCAAUUUCUGCCGCUCAUUUGUUUCUCUUAAAACACGGAGCGAGGAGGAGCCGCCAAAAUCUCGUCAAACCCUAACCCCAGUUAACCACUAAAUUCUCUUCAACCGUCGACCUUAAACCCUACCAAAAUCCCGAGAUCAUGAAGUCGGUGACCGGCGAAAUCGUCUCAUCGACACCCGUCUCUCUGUCCAAGGCAGCCUCCAUCCUCUCCCAAUUCGUCUCCGCCGACACCGGCGCUUCCCAGGCCGUCAACGCGUACCUCCGGCGCGCCAACUCUGCUUUCGACGAGCUGGUACGAUUGCGCUCCAAAUCUGAGCGCAGGGCUCGCGAGAAUUACAGGUCAGGCGCUGCCGAACCCUCUGCACUUACCACCACUUCCGCUACCACCGUGGAUGAGAGAGUUCAACUCUCUAAGGGGACGGCACAGCCCCAGUUGAAUUCGGAGGAGCCACAUAAAAGAAAGAAGAAGGGAGAGGAUGAGGUUAAGGUUGAGGAGGAGCAGCGUAAAGGCGAGGGUAAUGGUGAGGAAGAAGAGCUGUCAAAUAAGAAGAAGACGAAGAAGAGCGAUCUCGGUACUUCAGGGGGCGGCGAGAACAAGAAAGGGGUUGAGGUGAAGGGUGAACUGAGCCAUGCGGAAGCUAAUUUAGGGGAUUUUGGUAGUGAGAGUGAUAAGCAGAAAAAGAAAAAGAAGAAGCAUAAGAGUAAAGGACUUGAGAAUGGCGAUGUUGAUGGCUACAAGGUAAAUGGUGCCAUAACUGGUGCCCAGGAUGCUGUGAGUGAGAAAAAGAGGAUUAAGGAGGAAGAACAGAAGAGUGAUGGGGUGAAGCCAAAGGACGAGAAUAGGAAGAAGAGAAAGAGUGGUGAGAAUGGGGAGGAAAGGAGAGAUAACAGUCACUCCGAAGAGCGGCCGAGAAAGAAGAAGAGGUGAAACGAUUGAUAAACUGAGUGAUGGAAGCGUGGAGGAUGGAAUCAGGAUGUUUAUUUUUGGGGUAACUUGAGCGCCAUUGGUGGGUGAAAUUUUGAUCCAGGCUUGGAUUCGGACCAAGUACGAGGCUUUUUACUUAUUUGGUUGAAUGAUUCCUUUUCUUAUGAAUGAUAAAUUAUUGGGUUUUUCAGAUGUUGAACUCAACAUACUGUUUUAGGGUUGUUCAUGUUUAUUCCUGCCAUUGUUAUUACUUGAGCCCUGAAGCUGAUGAUCAUCAGUCAAGCUUUGUUCUGUUGCAAUAUUGGGGUCCUAUAUUUUGUAUGGUGGAAACACUUUGUUGAGAUUAACCAAAUGGCUUGUAUGUGUUUGGUCCGAUGGAGAGUUACUUUAUUUGCUGUUGCUGGGUGGCUAAGCAUUGCCUUCAUCCAUUACUACGAGCUUUACCAGCAUGGUUUAUGAUAUUGUCCUGCAUAGUUAAAGGAUUCCAUUGAAAGCUAGUGGGGGUGAUCUGAUGUGGUGUAAGGUGAAAAGAAACCCGCACACUGCAUCUUGUUCAGCUUAGUCCUUCAGUAAAUGGCUAUUACAUUCAGGGUUGUCUACUCUGUGGCAUUCAGUGUCUACAUGUUGGGUUGAGUGAGAUCUGGGAAGUGUCCACUUAUAUGUAGUUCUGCAACUUUUGACUCGAGCUGAGAACAGGAUCUCCACAAUUCCACUUCUUCAAUUAUUCAAUCUGAUCUUACUCAUUCCUCAUGGAGGUGUCUUCUUCUUUUGAUUCGCAGCAUCUAAAUUUUUGUGGGAACUGGGAAGCGUGUAAUCUGUGUGUUUGUGACCGAAGCUGAGCUACUGGAUCUCCUAAAUUCUUUUUUUUUUUUUUUUCAAUUCACUCUCUUAACAUCUACCUCUGGAGCUCUACUCCUCUUGGUCUCCAUGUCCAUUGUCCUACUAUUUAUCUGAUAUCAAAGAGGUGCACAACCUGGUAUAGUAGUUCAGCAUAAGUUGGCUGAUGAAAAAUAAUCAGGGACAUAGUCUGAUUUUGAUUUGGUCCUUCUAGCCCUCUCUUUAUUAAAUUGUAGAGUAUCGA